AUGGCUCCCACAGAUAGCUCACUGAAGGCUGGCGCCGUGGGUUUGUUUUUAACCGUGCUCGGAUAUCAAAAUUUGAAACUAUUGCCCAUUUCUGAUGAGUUUAUAAGUUACUCGGGCCGUGUAUUUGUAGCGGAUCAAGAAGAAGUGAACAGGAUUUGUGAAGAGUACCAAAAAAUCGGUGAUAAGUACGAACUUUUUGAACGAAUGUUUGUUCAGUUAUUUAUUGAAGAGGAAGUUAAGCUGUCCGUUCAUUUUGGUCUCGACAACUUGAAUGAGAAUGAUCUACGAAAGGACCAGCGAUUUCGAACACACGUGGGCAAAUUUCAGCGAUUUUUCACUGGUAUUCUAGAAAUGCUUUCAAAAGGACCAAAAGAAGCGGAGAAUAUCGUGCAGGUACUCAGAAUCGUAGGACGACAGCAUGGAAACGUACGUUCUAUGAGUUUUACGGCUGAGAAGUGGCUGAUUUUUAAGAAUGUGUUGCUCUCGUUGCUCUGCCGCGACAACUCGGCCACUUUGUCUCCAUCGAUCCUACAGGACUCGCUCCUACUAGUGUAUAAGGGAGUGGAAAGCCGUUCUACUGGUCAAGGGUUCAAUAAAGAAGGAUUUUCAACUUCUCUAUCUGAUCAGAGAAGAUCUGGGUAUGCUACUGGUAACUACAAACAGAAAUCAUGA